UCUCAUCUCCUCAAAUACACCAACAAUGAAGCUGCAGGUCCCUCUGAUGCUCAUCGGCAUGCUUCUGUUUGAAGCUUUUCAGACUCCUGCAGCACUGAAAUGCUACAAGUGUGAGGGCUUGACCUGUAGUCCCACAGCUGAGAUCUGUUCUGCUGGUCAAGAUCGCUGCCAAACUGUAACAGGCCAGAAGGGCACCCUGAAAGGGUGUUCAACCAAGGCAGAGUGUGAAAAGCUAGGAAGCGCUGCAAAUUGCUGUGAAAAGGAUCUGUGUAACAGGGAUGGGGCUGCUAAUCCGUGCACAAAUGGGACAGCAUGUAUCCGUGUUAAACGCCAAAGUCCUGGCAGCGGCGGGACUGGGGGCGGCACUGGGACUGGCAGCACCGGGACUGGCGGCGGCACCGGGACUGGUGGCACCGGGACUGGCGGAGGCACCGGGACUGGCAGCAAACCCAACAGUGCGUCUGGUGGGGCCUCUAACAGUCGUCAUCUCCAAAUGAUGAUGGGUUUUCUGCUUUACUCUAUCCUCUUCUUCUAA